CGCGAGCCGACGUCAAACGGACGGUUGAAGUUUGAUUUAACGUCGCAGUGAAGAGCGGGCAAAGAGGCGAUUGUUUACUGUCCGCUCCUUCCCAGUCUCCCCGCUUCACACUGAAGCAAACAUCUCAAUCAAGCAAGUCAUGGCUUCGAAAAGCAAAGGCAACAGCAGCAGAUCAAGCUCUGCGGGCUCGAGGAAAGAUAAACAUGGUUCUAAUAAAAAUGGGAAGAAAGGAGAUGGGCCUUCUGGAACUUCAUUCUUCACGUGGUUCAUGAUAAUUGCUUUACUUGGAGUCUGGUCAUCGGUAGCUGUUGUUUGGUUUGACUUGGUGGAUUAUGAGGACGUUCUGGCAAAGGCAAAGGAAUUCCGUUAUAAUUUUUCAGAGGUAUUGCAAGGGAAACUCGGAAUCCAUGAUGCCGAUGGUGAUGGCGAUUUUGAUUUGGAAGACGCCAAAAUUUUGCUAGGAUUGAAGGAAGCGGAAGGGCCGAUACCUGCUGAACAUUUUGGGAAAAACGAAGAGCUGGUUGAGACAGAAACUGAACAAGAAACACCUGGACCAAUUGACGCCACUGUGGCACAGGAGUAUUUCGCAACAAAUAUAGAAGAGCCAGCAGAGGAGGAGGAGCCAGAGCCAACUGAGGAGGAGGAGGAGGAGGAGGAGGAGCCAGAACCAGUUGAAGAGGAGGAGCCAGAGCAAGUUGAGGAGGAAGAGGAGGAGGAGCCAGAACCAGCGGAGGAGGAGCUGGAGCCAGAGGAAGAGGAGGAGCCAGAGGAAGAGGAGGAGCAAACAAAUCAAUUUGAUGCUGCGGCUGAAGAUUCAGAAGCUCCUGAAGCAGCUGAAGUUGAAUAUGAGGCUGAACCUGACCACGAAAAAGCAGAUGCUCGAGAUGAGUCUGCAUAUGUGGAAGACGAAACAUAUUCUGAAAGAGAAGAGACAUUAGAGGACUCGGGACCUGAAGUUGAAGAUGUAUCUGAAGAACGAUUUGAAGAGUCAGAAGUGAGAGAGGAAGAACUUGAGGAUUACACUGUUUCAGAUGAAGCAGUGCUUGAGCCUGAAGAAAUAGUCUCUGAACAAGAUAAUCCAGAUGUUUAUGAAUCUGAAGUGGAAGAUUUCUCAGAUCAUCUGGACAGUGAAGGUGACAUGGAGGAAGAUUUUCCAAUGAGUGAUCAAUAUGUUGAAGAUAAAGAGCUGGAGCUUGAAGAUAGAAUGGAUGAAUUUUAUGCUGAAGAGCCAGAGCAAGUUCCAGAGAUUGACAACAUACAAGAGGCAUUGCCUGUUCAAGAGCGAGAUGAAGAUGAUUUAUCAGAUGCCAUGCCUCUUCCUGAGGCAGUGGAAGAUCUUGUGGAGAAAGAGGAUGAUACCUUGGAGGCUACAGACAAACAUCCAACUGAAGAAGGUGAACCAAAAGAAGAAGCAGUUGCACCUGAACCAGAAAAAAGAUCUGACUCUGAAAUGAAGAAGGAAGAAAAAGCUAAGAAGAAGAAACCAAAACUCUUGAAUAAGUUUGAUAAGACCAUUAAAACCGAAUUGGAUGCUGCUGAAAAACUGCGCAAAAAGGGUAAAUCUGAAGAGGCACUCCAAGCAUUUAAUGAACUUCUCAGAAAAUACCCCCAGAGUCCCCGAGCUAAAUAUGGAAAAGCACAGGCAAAGGAUGAUUUGGCAGAGAAGAUGCGAAGCAAUGAAAUUCUUCAAAGAGCAAUCGAUACCUAUGGAGAAGUGGUCGAUAUGUCAAAUCCAACUGCUGAUCUGGUGAAGCUGGCUGUAAGACGACAGGCAAACAGACAACAGUUCUUAGGUCACAUUAAACGUUCUGUCAUGACCCUUAAGAAGCUGGUAUCUCUUUACCCAGAUGAUGUCUCAAUUAAGAAUGAGCUUGGAGUGGGUUAUUUGUUAAUGGGAGACAACAAUAAUGCCAAGAUGGUGUAUGAAGAGGUUUUGGCCAUUGCUCCAAAUGAUGGAUUUGCUAAAGUUCAUUAUGGUUUUAUCCUCAAAGCUACAAAUCAGAUAGCAGAGAGCAUUCCAUAUCUUAAGGAAGGAUUAAUGUCUGGAGACCCAGGCACUGAUGAUGGACGUUUUUACUUCCACUUAGGAGAUGCAUUGCAGAGAGUGGGUGAUCAAGAUGCAUAUGUAUGGUAUGAACUGGGACACAAAAGGGGCCACUUUGCAUCAGUGUGGCAGCGUUCACUCUACAAUGUGAAUGGACUUAAGGCGCAACCUUGGUGGACACCUAAAGAAAUAGGGUAUACUGAAUUGGUAAAGGCUCUUGAGAGAAAUUGGAAAUUAAUCCGUGAUGAGGGUCUGGCUGUUAUGGAUAAAGAGAGAGGUUUGUUCUUGCCUGAAGAUGAAAAUUUGAGGGAGAAAGGAGACUGGGGCCAGUUUACAACAUGGCAGCAAGGCCGUAGGAUUGAUAAUUCCUGUAAACAAGUUCCAAAAACCUGCGCCUUACUGGAAAGAUUUCCUGAGUCAACAGGGUGUAAACGCGGGCAGAUUAAGUAUUCGAUUAUGCAGCCAGGGACACAUGUCUGGCCUCAUACUGGACCAACAAACUGCCGCCUAAGAAUGCAUCUUGGCCUAGUUAUUCCGAAGCAGGGGUGUAGAAUACGCUGUGCGAAUGACACCAGAGAAUGGAAAGAGGGAAAAGUGAUCAUCUUUGACGAUUCCUUUGAGCAUGAGGUUUGGCAAGACGCUGACAGCUAUAGACUUAUCUUCAUAGUGGAUGUGUGGCACCCAGAGCUGACAGCCCAGCAACGAAGAACACUUUCACCAAUCUAAUCGCAUGUGUGGGACAUAAAAUAAACAGGGAAAUUUUGGGAGUUGAGUUAAAUGAAGACAUGAUUAUGUUAUGAAAUGUAGUGAGUUCUUUAGUUGUUUUUUUUAACUCUUAGUACAGUGGAGUUUUCUGAGAUUGAGGGAUGAUCUACUUUGGAGAGAAAAAUGAUCAGUUGAUUAGAUGAGGAAUCUCCAGGAGUAUUUUUAAGGGGAGGUUAUUUUUAUAUUAGGUAAUGAAAAUUUGAGCUCUGGCCUCUUCCAAUUUAAAAAAAAGACACAGUGACCAAUGGUGGAUGAGAUCUUCAGAAGAAAGUUCAACAUGGCAUUUUUUUAUAUCGUAAUUAGAACAUUUUCAAUGUACACAAUACUUGUCUCAAGCCAUUGAACAAUCUCUUCAUUGUGAAAAGCAAGGUGGAUUGUAUUGUUUUUCACUAUGUUACAUAAGCUGAUUAUGCUCUGCCUAAUUUUCAUUAGGCACAGUAACUGUUACAUUCACACAACUGGUCUUUCGUAUUUCCAUAUGGAAUCAAUCUGUAUAUAUUUUGAUUAUAUUAACUGUACACGUUCCUUAAUUUUACAUAUUGACCAGUUAUGUAAAGAUAAUCUAUGCUUCUCAUUAUUAUACUUAGUUACUGUGUAUAUUCUAUCACAGGUUUAACUGAAAUCAGUAUUUUAUUUCUAGGCUUACACUGACAAUUAUUUUUUGAUGUACCAGUGCACUUUCUGAACAAUUAACAAGAAAUAUUAAUUUAGAUUGUUUUGGCCUAUUUUUCAAUUUUGGAUUUUCUUUUUGUUUACACAAUCAAUGCUUCUCCCCUCAAUGGAAGAGCUGCCUUUGAGAAGUUACUAAGCCUGACAGUGUGAGCGAGAUUGAUUAACACACAUAGUUGAAAUGACAUGAUCACUGAAGCAUUCUGAGUUAGCAGAUGUAUCUGUACUUAUACUUAGUCUCCCCCACACUGUGCUUAGUAACUUGUCCAAAAUCAUUCCCCCAGCAGUAUCACAAGUGCUCACUGUUCAAGAGGAGUCAAAAUUAACAUGCGUAUUGUAAGUAGAGUAAGUUUAUUUUCAGUGUUGCUUGCUGCACUUAUAAAAGUGGUAUCCUUUUGAGUGUAAACUUAGAUGUAUUUGAUGAAAAGAACUCAAACUGCAUUCCCAUGGGAUACUAACUGCUUUUGAUGCCAACGUUGAACUUUUUUAGCGUGACAAAAAUGAACAAAUGCCAAUGUGAGAGGCACUGUCAUCCAAUAGCUGGCUGAUACAUCUGUGCAAAAUGCCAAAAAGCAGAUGGCCAAUGACAGCCUUAAUACAUCUACAAUAAAGUGACCAUAUGUUUUUACAUUCAAAUUUAUUACAUUAAGUAAAAAUGACAGACUGUGUUGCAGGGGCAACACUAGGAGGACUGAAUUCUCCACAUAGGAAUAAUCAAGAUAAUUUUGUCUCAGAGCAGUUAUGUGAGCAGUCAGAUCCCUGUGGAGAACUGAAGAUUACAAGUUAGUCCACAAUGUAGGAAACAGCAAUUUCCAAUUAGUUAUUAGUAAAUUUUGGCACACCAACUUAAACUGUAGAACAUUGGGAACAUAUCUGUACCUUAAUGUUUCUUAUUUUGUUGCUGUGUAUAUAAUUCAGUUGGACUACUUCUAUGAAUGCCAGUUCUGGUGGAUUUAUUGACCGAACUACAUGGGAAUUGGAUUAGCUGCAGAAGCGGAAGGAGUGUUUUGUUUCUGUUAAUCUGGUUUAUUGUUGUCUAUCAUUUCCAUGAUGACUUUAUUGGAAUCCUAUAUAAUGUAAAUGUAAUUGAAUUACCUAACCUUACAUUACUAUGGUUACCCUAUGAAUUGUGGCUUUGUUUUAUUUACCUCUUUUUUCAGAUGCACUGAAGUCAACAUGCUUGCAGUGAUAACUAAAGCUGUGCAGCACCCAGCCUUCCAGUGAUUUGAUCAGAUUAGACAUCUGUUUAUUGUCACGGCAAAGUCAAAAAAGUAACAUUAGCGAGAUCUUUAAUGAGAUUUAAAGCAGUUUUCCCUUUGACUUUGGUUUUUCAUGUUACAAAAGCAAGAAGCAUUUUUUUAGCCAUAAAUAAAACCAUGGUGGGUGAUUUGAAAGAUUUGUGACAUUUAGAUCAUUGUUAUUAAAAAUUAUUUAUUAUGGUAAGAUUGCUUUACUUAUUGAAAUAUUGUACAUGGAAGUUUAAAGAGCCUGUGUUUGCUAUCGCAUGGUGCUGUAUUUUAGGUGGGAGCUGACAUUAAGCAGGUGAAUACUUUCUUUUCUGGUCCCAAGCAUCAGAUAAAUUCUUGUUUUGCAUACUCAAUUAGAGCAGUUCAGCUUUGGAAAGGAUAUAAUAGCUUACACUAAUUUUCAAAAAGUGUCAAACACCAAUUCACUUCUGUUUCAAAGGACGACAUGUUAUAGGAUUUUUUAAACCUGUGGGGGACUCUACUUUAUGUUUUAUUAGCUGGGAACAACUAAAUUAGAUUUUAUUUUUGACUUUUUAUGAGCAAGUUUUUUUCUUUUUUUUAGUCCACUGGUGACUGCACUGAAAUUCUUGUGGAUCCUGUCAUUGAUAUGUUGGGAUUUUAAUUCUGAAGUCAAACCUACUGUAUAUCAUUGGAUAAAAUGAAUUAGCCUCGAGUUUUAUGUGUAUGUAUUAUGAGUACUGGUAUCUUGUCAAAUUGGUACUUCGUUAAAGUAUUUUCCUGAAAGUAGGCGUGGUUUUUCUUUUAUUCUGAGUACAGCAGGUUUUAGUGAAUCUCAUGGCCUAUGUUCUAGAGAUUGAGAUUUUUUUAUAACUGUGAAUCAUGUCUUCUCAGAUACUGAACGACACAAAGUGUAGUUGAGCUUUGCUUUCAGUUUAGAUGCCAAUUUAGUUUUGGAACAAAUGGAAUAUACAUUUUUGAAAAGAGUAUAAAUCUAGUAUUCUUUGAAUAAAAUGCAGCCGCCACUUUUGAAGCAAAAACUAAAUCUGAAAUCAAAAUAGGAAAAUAUCAGAAAAAAUGAACAUGUCAAGCAGCAUCUGUGGAGAGAGGAACAGAGUCAACAUUCCAAGUCUGUUCAUGAAUUCUGAUGCUGCCUGGCCUGCUGAGUGCAUCUGGCAUUUUUCUGUGUUUGCAACUAUCACUAUGCAGAUAUCAGUACUGUAUCUCCAAUUGUAAAUAGAUUUUGAAAUUAAUAAUUGGAUGCUUCUCACAAGUUUUGCUUUAGGUUUUUAUGCAACUUAUUGCAUUAGUAAACAUUUAAUUCCAGUGGAGAAUGCUGCGAGGAAUGUCUGUGACCUACUAUAGAACACAAAAGCGUUGUAACCUGCUGUAUAAGAUAUUAAUCCUGAUGUUUCCCAAAAUAAAACACAAAAAAAACAUGA